UUAAACUAAAGUGAAUUUGCUAAGAGAUUAUAUUGAUUUAAUUUGUAUUUUAUGAUUGCAAAAUAAUAGAACGGUAUUCAUCAAUAAUGUCGGACAUAUCUAGUAGUACAAUAUUGCCUAAUAACAUCUACGAGGAAGAACUAAAUGAUGAAACCACUAUAGAUAUGUCGUAUAAAAGCUUGGACACCAUACCAAAUAUUAAUGCGAAGUCUGUAUGCGUGCUUUAUCUGCAAGACAACAACAUUUCCACACUUCCUGAUGAUUUCUUUCCAUCUCUACCGAGUCUCAUGUGGCUGGACAUGAGAAAUAAUAAACUUACAGAAAUUCCUAAAACUAUUCAGGAGCAUCCUUGCCUAUCCCAUCUAUUACUUCAAAAUAAUUGUUUAACUUCAUUACCCAAUGAAUUGGGAACGGUAGUUAACUUAAAAUUACUGCAACUGAACGGAAAUCCGCUUACAUACCCGCCUGAAGAAAUAUUACAAGCCGGAACUUCGAAAAUAUUGUCUUAUUUACACAAUAAGUAUAUAGACGCCAUGUUCACUCAUUCCCAGUCAGAAUUGUCCGAAGAAACAGCUAGCAUAAUCAGUGUUUUCCCUGACAGCAUUUUUAGCCAAAAAGCUCGUAGUUACAAUUCGGUCAUUGAUCAAGCUCAGUUAGUAAAAAGUAAAACUUUGUCCGUGAAAUUCAACGACAAGGAGGGUGCUUCGGAAACGGAAGAGUACUAUUCGAAAUUUAAAGGAAAAAAAUGCCCAAGGUUGGCCGAGAGUCGUAUCAGUUUCCCGCCAAAACAGAGCGCCAAGUAUCUUCGGCCGUUAUUCGCGCCAAGUAAGCAGGAACAAGAUGCCAAGAUGAAGAGGAGUUACUUGAAAGAGGUGGCGCUGAAGAAACAUAAAGAUUUUCUUGCGACCAGUGACAAGAUUUUACAACAAAGAAAGAACGCGGAGCUUCUCCGCCAGUGGCAGCGCAACUACCGCGACUGUAAACAACUAGUCAAGAGCACGCACAACCCCAGUUUCCCCUACGACGUCAGCCCGGAGUACAUGACUCUGCUCUCUCGGGAGGAUAUCGAGAAAGACCUGCCCGAUAAAUAUAGGAAGAAGAUUGUUCGAAGGUCCAAACCAACGAUCCCCAGAAAAGGCAACAGCGACGUUCACCUGGCGCUGCGAAUCAAGCAGCUGUUCGACAAUCUCGAGUCCAUAGACCUCAACGGAGGCUCCAUGACGCCUAGAACCGAACAGAAGGUGCUGCUCAACGAGAUACAGAAGAUCACGGAAAUAAAACAAAAGCUGAUGGAGCUGUCCGGGGCGAACGGGAGGUCUGUUGCAGCAGAUUGAAACUUAAAUAUAAUUGCGUUAAGGUCCACAUCUCCACUAUCACCGAAAGCUCUUACUACCUACUUGCA